AUGGCGGAAGCCAGCAAUUCGACUCCCGAACCCAAUCCAAAGAAAGCUGCUGCUACUGCUACUGGAAAGCGCACUGUUGAAGAGAUUUACAAAAAGAAGAGUCAGCUGGAACAUAUUCUGUUGCGUCCUGACACUUAUAUCGGAUCCACUGAGGCUGAAGAGCAGGAAAUGUGGGUCUUUGAUUCGGAAGAGGAAGUCAUCAAGCGCAAAACUAUCAAAUAUGUGCCUGGUCUUUACAAGAUUGUGGAUGAAAUUCUUGUGAACGCUGCUGACAAUAAGAUCCGCGAUCCCACCAUGAAUACUAUCAAGGUCAUCAUCGACCGCUCGCAAAACCUGAUUUCGAUUCACAACAACGGCAAGGGUAUUCCCAUUACCGUUCACAAAGAAGAAAACGUUUAUGUUCCUGAAUUGAUUUUCGGCCAUUUGCUUACCUCAUCCAACUACGACGACAGCGAGAAAAAGAUCGUCGGUGGUCGUAACGGUUAUGGUGCCAAGCUCUGCAACAUCUUCAGUUCCGAGUUUAUCAUCGAGACGGCAGACAAGGAAGAGAAGAAGAAAUACAAGCAGAUCUUCAAAAACAACAUGGGCGUCAAGGGUGCGCCACGCAUUUCCGACAACAAGAAGGGUGAAGAGUACACUCGAAUCACCUUCAAGCCUGACCUUGCAAAGUUCAACAUGACGGAAAUGGAUGCGGAUUUCGAGGCGUUAAUCAAGAAGCGUGUGUAUGAUAUGGCUGGCACUGUUGAAGGUGUGUCUGUCUAUUUGAACGGCACCAAGAUUCCUGUCAAGGGCUUCAACAAAUACGUCGAUCUGUACACCAAGACCAUGGAGAUCCGUAAUGCCGAGGGCAAAAAACCCAUCAUUCACGAUAUCAGUGCGCCUGAUCGUUGGCAAGUCAGUUUUGCUGUCAGUGAUGGACAGCCUAGCCAGGUCAGCUUUGUCAAUUCGAUCUGUACAGCCAAAGGUGGCAUUCAUGUGGCACAUGUCGUGGAUCAAAUUGUCAAGGGCCUUCUCCCUGAAGUUCAAAAGAAGUGUGGUAGCAAAAACGUCAAGCCUUUCACGGUCAAGAAUCACAUUGCCAUCUUUAUCAACUGUUUGAUCGAAAACCCAACCUUUGAUUCGCAGACCAAGGAGAACAUGACUCUGCGUCAGAGUGCAUUUGGCUCAAAGUACGAGCUAAGCGACAAAUUCCUCAGCCAAAUCGCCAAGUCCGGUAUCAUUGACAACAUCGUCCGAUCAUUUAAGAUAAAGGAAGAGGAACAGAUGGCCCGUGCUGACGGCGGUAAGAUGUCUCGGCGUCUAAAGAUUCCCAAGCUUGAAGAUGCCAACCUUGCCGGUUAUAAGCCUCAUAACAAAAAGUGCACGUUGAUCUUGACCGAAGGUGACUCCGCCAAAGCACUUGUGCUCAGUGGUCUGUCUGUGGUCGGUCGCGAUCACUACGGCGUCUUCCCACUCCGUGGUAAGCUUCUUAACGUCCGAGAUGCUAACAACAGCCAAAUCAUGAACAACGCGGAAAUUGGUUAUAUCAAGCAGAUCUUGGGCUUGAAGCACGGAAACACAUAUACGAGCGUUGAUGAUUUGCGCUACGGCAAACUCAUGAUUAUGACCGAUCAGGAUCAUGAUGGUUCUCACAUCAAGGGUCUUAUCAUCAACUUGCUUGAUGAAAUGUUCCCAUCCUUGCUCGAUAUUCCUGGUUUCUUGUUGGAGUUCAUCACCCCUAUUAUCCGGUGCAAGCACAAGCGCACCAAGGAAGAAGUCUCUUUCUUCACCAUUCCUGAAUACGAAUCAUGGGCUCUCGCGAAUAAUCAAGACAACAGUUGGCUUCCCAAGUACUUCAAGGGUUUGGGUACUUCUGACCGUGCUGAUGCUCGCAAAUAUUUCUCGGCACCUGAGAUCCACAUGAAAGAGUUCCAAGUGCCUGAUACCGAUGAUCGCGGCCUUAUCGACAUGGCUUUCAACAAGAAAAAGGUCAAUGAUCGUAAAGACUGGCUCACUGGUUACUCUCCUGGCAUUUACAUCGAUCACAACGUCAACAAGAUCAAAAUUUCUGACUUUGUGAACCGUGAGUUGAUGCUUUUCAGUAUGGCGGAUAACAUUCGAUCCAUUCCAUCUGUCAUUGAUGGUUUCAAGCCCGGUCAGCGAAAGGUUCUUUAUGGUGCGAUUAAGCGUGGCAAGAACACUGAAGUGAAGGUUGCGCAAUUCGCCAACUAUGUUGCUGGCGAAACGCAAUACCAUCAUGGUGAAAACAGCGUGGCAUCCACUGUAAUUAAUAUGGCACAAGACUUUGUCGGCAGCAACAACAUUAAUCUGUUGGUUCCGUCCGGUCAGUUCGGUACUCGUCACGAAGGCGGUAAGGCUGCUGCCAGUCCUCGUUACCUGUUCACUCGUCUUUCCAAGAUCAGUCGAACCAUCUUCCACCCGGAAGAUGACGAUAUUCUGGACUAUCUUAUCGAAGAAAACAAGUCGAUUGAACCGCAGUGGUACAUGCCUGUCAUUCCCAUGGUUUUAGUGAACGGCGCUGAUGGUAUUGGCACUGGCUGGAGUACAACUAUCCCUAACUACAGCCCUGAGGAUAUCGUCAAUAAUUUGAUACGCAUGAUGGAUGAUCAGGAACCAGAGCCAAUGAAGCCAUGGUAUCGCGGAUUCAAGGGCGAGAUCACUACUGCCUCUACUGCUGGCCGAUUCACGUGCAACGGUAUUGCAGAGGUCACGGAAGAAGGCAACAUUAAGGUCACAGAACUUCCUGUUCGUCUAUGGACCGACACUUUCAAAGACUACCUCGAAGUCUGUCGUGAUCCCAAGGACAAGAAACCAGAAAUUAACAUCGUCGAUUACAGUAACAACUCUACAGAUUGUGCUAUCGAAUUUACAAUUCAACUCGAACUUAAGCAGCUCGAGACGGCCGAAAAUAUUGGUAUCUUGAAGGCUCUCAAAAUCACAUCCUCUCUUGCCACUACAAACAUUGUGUGCUUCGACAAGGAUGGUCGACUCAGGAAAUACGAAAGCGCCGAGGAAAUUCUCAAGGAAUUUUAUCCUAUUCGUUUAGAAUAUUAUCAAAAGCGAAAGGACCAUCUCGUUCACGUUCUUAAGCACGAGUUCUCCCAACUGGAUAACAAGGCUCGAUUCAUUGAGCUGGUUAUUAACAAGGAGCUCGCCUACGUCAAUCGCAAGGAGGAAGAUGUUGUUGCUGACUUUGUGAAGCAUGAUUUGCAGCGUAUCUACCCACUCAAGAAGAGAAGCGUCUUGGCCACUGAAGAUGCAGACGAGGACAAUGCAGCCAAGGAAAGCGGAUCUGGUUAUGAAUAUCUCUUUUCCAUCAGCGUCCGUGGCUUCACUCGUCAAAAGGUCGAAGAGCUUCGAAGGCAACGAGAGAAGAAAUUGGAAGAGAUGGAAACAAUCCAGGCUACUACGCCCAAGCAAUUCUGGAGGAAAGAUCUCGAAGUUAUCUUGGCUCACUGGAGAGAAAUUUUACGAGAGGACGAAGAAAUUGCUGCCAAUGCAAAGCCAUUAGCAACAUCCAGCCGCAAGCGCAAGCGCGUGGCAAAGAAGAAGGCGGCCCCCAAGCAAGAAUCACCACCGUAG